GAGGUCCCCACAGGUUGGGCUUACCCUGCAUACAAGGAAACUCUUGCCUUAGCUCCUUUUCUGUCCUGGACCCUUCCCUCCUCACCUCCAUUCUUCCCCUUGUUUUCAGCAGGCCUGAGGUCCCAACUCAACCCUUUCUCGCCUACCACACACCAUGUACUGCAGCUGCUUCUCGGAAGGCAUUCUGACCACCCCUGCCAACUACUGGAUCUCAGGUCUGGCCUUCCCUGACUGGGCCUUCAAAGCCGAGUCGUCGCCAGGCUCCCGGCAGAUCCAGCUGUGGCACUUCAUCCUGGAACUGCUGCAGAAGGAAGAGUUCCGCCAUGUCAUCGCCUGGCAGCAGGGAGAGUAUGGGGAGUUCGUCAUCAAGGAUCCAGAUGAAGUGGCCCGCCUCUGGGGCCGCAGGAAGUGCAAACCACAGAUGAACUAUGACAAGCUGAGCCGGGCCCUCAGGUAUUACUACAAUAAGAGGAUCCUGUACAAGACCAAAGGCAAGAGGUUUACCUACAAGUUCAACUUCAGUAAGCUCAUUAUAGCCAACUGUCCUCCAUGGAAAGUGUGGACACCCUCUGCCCCUCACCUGCUGUUGGGGUCCGCUGCCAUGUGUCAGCCAGCCUUGGUGCCUGUGCCUGUGCAGAGUGAGCCCCUACAUAGCACGCUGUACACCCACUGGGCCACCGAAACGCAGCUGGCUGGAGAGAGGACCUCCCGGGAGCCACUGGAAACCUCUGGAGAGAAGGGAAACAGCCGCUUCGAUGGUUUUGGCUCGGCUCUGGGCCCAGGCUGGCAAGGUCCUUGCUGCUGUCUCCUGAACCUCCAAGGUGACCUUCCCAGAUUCGCUUCCUUUACACAUGCACCCUGCCUCUGCUGUAACUGGACCCACCUCUCGGGGCCCAUCUUGCCUCCUUUCUCCUCAAAGCAGCCACGUUCAGGGUCCUCCAAGCCGGGUCCUUGGCUCCCAGGCCCGCCCUGUACGCCAGGUGCCUGGCAUUUUCCAGGACUCCCCCUUCUGGCCAGGCUGAGACAGGGCACCCGAGAGGCUUCAGGGCUGGUUUCUCAGGCCUGAGGAAUUGGUGGUAAAUCCUGGCCCAGGGCCAAAGGGGCACCUGGAUUCCAAUGAGGGACUCUCCUCAGGGACUCAGAGACUCAAACUUGGAAAAGGAACUCUCAUGUCCCCCAAUCCAGAGAACCUCAGAGCCACGUGGCCUUUGGAUCCCCCUUAAUUGGAGAGAAAGAAGUCAAGGGGCGGCCCCUCCCCUUUCCCCCAACUCCGACUUUCCCACCAUCUCCUAGUUGGACACCAGCCAGACUCACUGGAGGACCUGGAGGGUGAAGCUAGACCAAGGUGGGGUAAAUGUGGGCAUGGGGAAACUGAGGUAGUGCCCCCUCCCCUCCUACCAAAUGGUUAUCAGACUAAGGAGACAUUAUUAAUCUCAACUUUUUGGAGGGAAAUAAGAUUAAGGAUUUCCAUCACUGAACGGCCCCAUACCUGGCCACGAGAGGGAAGUAAGGGGCAGGCGGGGGCAGAUAGGGCUGGUUUGGCUUAAGUCUGAGGGUCUCUUUCUUCCUCUGGGUUCAUUUCCCCAUCAUGUCUAAGGUUUCCAGGACCUCCCCCUACCCCUUCACAUGUUUCUCUGCCCUCCCUCUGACUGGAACCUCUGUCCCGGGAAGGCUCU